UCGGCAACUCCGCCUCGAAAGCGCUCGACUUGCGCCUCACCUGGAGAACCGGUAAAACUCGGUGCCACGCCCGUUGUGCUCCAAAGUGUCUCGAGAGUGCGAGGUGCGGAGAGAAGAGAUUGAAAGCGACAACGCAAAGGACUUUUCACACAUUUGAUUUUGCUAGUAAUCGGCGCAAUGUCUGACAUUCACGUCGAGGGCGAGAAGUUGGACAAGCCUCCUGCGUACCAGGAUCAGCCUCAGGUGUACUUUAACCAACCUCAGAUGUACGACGCUCAACCGCAAAUGUACCAGGCCCAACCUCAGAUGUAUGCUGCCCAGCCUCAGAUGUACAUGACCCAGCCUGAGAUGCACCAGCCUCAAAUGUAUCCAAAUCCGCCUCAGAUGUACGCCGCUCAGCCUCAGGUGUAUAUUGCCCAGCCACAAGCCUACUCGAUGCAAGAGGGCCAGCCUAAAAUGCAUGAAAAUGAGACAUACCAGUCUCAGUCUAAGAGAGUCCAUACGUCUGAGACCAGGGACGACCACGAUGGAGGCAGCAAGUGCCCCAAAUGCUGCCGGAAGACAGGGAGUUGCCUCAUGAGCCCUGAGUGCGGCCGGGCGCUGCAGAUCUCCAGCGUGAUCGCCAUGUGCGGAAUGUGUCUGCGUUUUUUUGUGUAAUCUCCAAUCUUACUUUUCCGGGAUCUUUUGACAUCUUGAAAGGGAUCCAUUGCUUCUGGUAUGCCAAAUGCCAUCGUCCAUCCAUCAUGAGAAAGAGUUGGUGAGGGUGGGCUGUUUAGUAUGUAAAGAAGAAUUUCUUAAUAUAUAAUUGUUUUUCUUGUGAGGUGGAUUGUACUUUUGAAUAAAAUAUAACGGGGGGGGGGGGGAAAAAAAGACUUUUGUUUUUGCGUUUUCAAUCUGCCGCCGUCGUGCCUUCUUUCCAAUUUCACACAUAUAAAUAAAAAAUAAGAAAAUAGCCGGCAGAUGAUAAAGUGGCACACUUGGAUGAUUUAAAACCAAGCUUGGAGAUGAGUGACAGCGCCGACGAGAGCAACUUGUUGUCGAGGAAGAUUGUGGGAAGGCGGCGUCAAUGAUCUCAGAUGGAUUUGCUGUCAGGGAACAUAAAACUAAUUCAUGGUCCGCAUCAGUUUGAUCCUGACCUUGUGGCAGUCGCGGCGAGAUGAGAAAGAUCAUUAAAAAAAAAACUGGUCAGAGCAGAGCAUAUAUUAAUAUCUUUUGGCUUGGUGAUGCAGCAUGUGGCGCAGAGCCAUGUCAUGUGACAAAAUUAAAAGUGUCCAGAACGGA